AUGGCGCCUGUCCGGCCCAGGAACACAAAGCAGCCAGGCCCCGGCUCAACGCUCGCCGAUUCCGAGACGCAGCUCGCCGCGGGAAACCUCGACGAGGCCAUUAUACUUGCGACGAGAGCGCUUGACGCCACAGGUCCCGGCGGCGACUUUGAGCUGCGAGCGCUCAACUUGCUCGGCAUGCUGCACGUCGAGACGGGCGACAUCGAGGAGGCGCGCGUCUUCUUUGAGCGCGCAGUCAAGCUGGACGAGGAUGGGCUGGUGGACGAAAAGGUCGGCGGAGGCCCGGAAAAGUUCCUCUUCCUGGCACAGCUGAGCGAUGAGGGCGGCCAAGACAGCGUGCUCUGGUUUGAGCGCGGGGCAGCGGCCUUGAGAAGGCAGGUCCAGAUCCUGUCUGGUGUUGCCGGCAGAACGUCCGAGCAGCAGGCCGAUCUUGACGAGAAGCAACACAAGCUCGGCGGCGUCCUCUGUGCGGUGGCAGAGGUCUACAUGACGGACCUGUCGUGGGAGGACGAUGCCGAGCAACGCUGCGAGGCGCUCAUCACCGAGGCUAUGAUGAUUGCGCCGAACUCGGCCGAAACAUGGCAGACGGUCGGCAACGUGCGCAUCUCGCAGGAGCGCGUCCAAGAAGCCAAGACCGCCCUCGCGAGGAGUCUGGAGCUGUGGCGAGACCUUCCACCCGAACAUCCCGCCAUCCCCGAGUUUCCCACCCGAAUCGCCCUGGCGCGCCUCCUUCUCGAGACUGAGAUGGAGGAAGAGGCCUUGGCGGUGCUCGAGCGCCUCGUCACCGACGACGAUCAGAGUGUCGAGGCGUGGUAUCUUGGUGGCUGGUGCCUUUACAUUGACGGCGAGAAGCAGCGCGAAGCACAGCCACAGGAGCAAAAUGGUGCUGCACAAGACGAGUGGAAGUCGACGUGGUCGACGGCGCGGAAGUGGCUGGCGCGGUGCUUGAAGCUGUAUGCAAUGCUCGAGUACGAAGACGAACGGCUCGGCGAACACGCCGUCGAGCUCUUCGAGAACAUAAACAAGGAGCUUGGUGAGAUGCCGGAGGGUGAGGAGGAGGAUUGGGACGACAGUGGCGACGAGAAUCAUGAGGAUGAGGACGAGGAGAUGCAGGAUUGA